AUGGAUGACAGUUCAGAUUCCAGUUUCCAUAUUGGAGACGUCUGCAUAACAGCCUUAGAUGUAGUUAACUUCGCUACUGUAUUCUUAAUUUUAAUACUGACAAUAUCUGGUUUUGGAAUUAUUGUGCAUCUUCACUGUAAAGAGAAAAAUGAAGAGGAAAGAAUAGAAAAAGUCAGAGGCAUUCGAAAUGUAAUGGCUGACAAAAUUGCAGGUAUCCUUCGAAAUAAGAUAAAUAAAAUUGAAGAGUUUGUUCAGGAUAAUAUAGAUGUUUAUCACGAAAAAAAUAAAAAAAGGGAGGAAACUAAAGAAAAUCAACUCAAAACGGAAACUCCAACAUCGCCAAGAAAUUUAAAUGAAAUAGACGAAAAUGAAUACUCGAGUGACGACGAAAAUCCAUGCGAAAGUGAUAACUCCAGAGACAACGAUGAUCUAGACGAAACUGAAUACCAAAGCAGCGAAACAUAUUUAGAUAUCAGUCAUGAAGAGAUUUGUCGCUGA